UUCUAUUUAAAAUUACUAUAUAUUUUGGUGGCAAUUUAUUUAUCCUUACACUACGUACACUGAGACUAAGAGAAGAGAACAGUAGCACUACUGUAAUUAAAGAUUAUUGUGGGAAGUAUAUAUCAAGAGUGGGUAAACAACAAGCAACAUGUAUCAUUUUACGGCUGACCAUCCCCCAGAGCCUGUAAGACUUUCAUUUCGUGCUUUAAUACCGGGUCAUAUACGUCAAUAUCUUAAGGAUUUCCAAUUGGAUGCUAUACGUUUUAUGCACAAUUUCUUGGCAAAGGGAGAAUUUUGUGUUUACAACGAUGAAAGUGGUUUGGGUAAACAGGCCGCUGUAGCCGUUCUAUUGGAUGCAGCUUGUAGUAGUAAAAAAUGCUUAAUUGUUGUCCAAAACGAUGACCGUUAUGUUAAUGGUUGGGAGUUUCAUUUUAGCGUUUUAACAAAUAUCAAUGUUGCGGUUAUAAAAGAUGAAAAAGAUUCCACCGAUUCUGCUCAUAAUAUAUACAUUGCAAAAUGGAGUACUCUGAGGACAAUAGAUGAUUUGAGUAAAUUUAAAUUUGAUUUCAUAAUACUCGAUAAUCGUGGCCAAAUGUUAAAUAAUAGUUUUUGUACCUCAAUGCUACUCAAACAUUAUGAACGUAAAAUUAGUAUAUUGAUCUCUAGUGUUGAUAUAACAAGUGAUUUAAAACUUCUGCACAAUUGCUUGAGAUUAGGGGGACGUUUAGAUCCUCAAUACUCGAGUUUUAAGACAUUCGAAGAGAAAUUUAAACUACCCGAUGCCAAGGAACUGGCUUAUAAACGUGUUGAUUUAGAGGAAUAUUUUUGUAAAAGAGAACGUUUGGCCGACUACUGCAAAAAUUUUCGUUUAAGACGUUAUUGCCAUCAAUUUGAGAAGCAAUUACCUUUGGUUAAAGAGGAUCGUUAUAAAAUCAAUCUGGAUUUAUGGCGUGAAAAACAAAAUGCCACCAAUUCGGAAAGUAGCAGUAUCGAAUAUGUUAAUAAUCACAAUCGUGAAGAUGAACACAUUAAAGAUACCCAAGAAUUGUUCGAAGAGUAUUGUAGACAGAGACGGAAACAACAUUUACAGUUCCAACAGGAAGAGGAGAAACGUUUAAGGGAGAGAGAACAAGAAAUGCUUAAAAAUUUACAAGCUGAAAAUGAAGUUAUCUAUAAUGUAGAUGAUGAAGUGGCUUUGAUAAAUGAAACACCUCCCAUCGUUACGGAAAAACCGCCUGUCGCUCGCGACAAUUCCGAUGAAGCGGUUUUAAUGUCACCUUUAUUGGUAAUGUCCGAUUCGGAUGCCGAUGAUGAACCAGAAAUAUGUCAUGACCCCAAUAAUGAUAUAGAAAUUGUGGAUUUAGCCAGUGAAGAAAGAGAAGAACAGGAAGAACAAAAUAAACAAAGUAAAACUAAUGCAGAUACUGAGGAAAAUAAGCAAGUGCAGGAAAAUAGUAAGAAAAUUUCAAAUAACACUAAUAAGGUGGCAAAAAGAGGCUACAAAAAGCGUUCUGAAUUGGAUAGACUGGAUGAAGAUAUUGUGGAAACUUUGAAAAUUACCGAAACGCCUAAAAGAUUAACAAGGCAUGCCAAAGAAGAGGUAUGCUCAGCUAAAAGACUUAAAGAUAGGUUAGAGGAAAAACGAGCAGAGAAGGUAAAUACCAAAAGAACAAAUUCAAAUGAAAGAGUUGGAAAAGCCACAAAAGAGAGUAACAACAAUAGCGCUGCUAGCAUAACUAAAGCAAUCAUUAAAACUGAACCAAAAACACCCACAAAAAGUAAUAAAGCCCAAAAGACUACAGAAGAAAAACAAAAGGAAACAUCAAAAGACAAACCAGCAAUAGAAAAUAAUAGCACAAUAAAAGAAUUGAAAGGUACAAAAGAUAAUGCAAACAACACAACUAAUCCCGCGAGCACCAAAUCUAAGACAAAAACCACAACUAAACAAAGUAGAGAAACAAAUGAAACAAGUACAGCAACAACUCCCGUAACUUCAAGAAAAACCAGAACCGGAGCAAUUGAAAAAGAGAAGGAAGGCAAUAAAACUCCCACAAAAACUAAAGACAAUCAAAAGGUGCAUAUCAAACAGGAGCGUUUAGAAGAAACACAAACUAAUGCAACCAGCUCCACAAACACUAACCAUACUAGAGUAGUAAAUAGUGAAAAAAUACGUUUAAAACGUGAAUUGGAAAUAACACCAGUGGGUGUACACAAUAAGGAGACACGUAGUAUGCAACGUUUAACAAGAUCUGCGGGCGGUUCUAGUAAAUAUUUAAAGAAAAAUUUGGCUUUACAAAUAGAUAAAGUAAACAAACCAAAAAAGAAAGCAAACGAUAAGGAAAUCACAACAAAAACUGCAGCAAAUAAAACUAAAAAGGCAACCGAAGAUAACAAAAAAGAGCCGGAAAGAAAUACACAAGUUUCGAUUAUUUCCCAUAGAAGUUCACAAGAUUUUGAAACACUACAGUGUGCUCAACGUUUAAGUGAUGCGGGCGCUUAUGAUAAUGGUCUGGAAAAGUCAACGGAAUUCUUGGUGCCGCCUACACCAAAUGUUAUAGCCCGAAAUUCUCUAAUACCCUCCUCCUUAAACUCAUCGGCCGGGUUCUUUAGUGAAACUGAUGUUAUAUUCAUACCACCUAGCCCCCUGAGCGUUACAAAUAACAAAAAACGUGAUGCUGUUAUAACACUUUCAAGUUCUGAAAAUGAAAAUAGCACUUCACAAUCGUCGUCAAUGACUAGUCGCAGAACACGUGCCUUAAAACCAAAACGAAAUCUACAAAACACCCAAAGCGAAGCCAGUAAAGUACCCAGCUUUUCUGAACUGCUAGCACAACAGAAUACACGUACAAGUGCCAAAUCACCUGAUCUCUUUAGUAAUUGCUCAGAUUUACUGCCAUUACCCUGUACCCAACCACCUGUCGAGAGUGAAGAACCUAAUACACCAUUUGAAGGUUUUAAAAUUUUCGGUUCCGAAGUCAAGCAAUUGCAGCAACAUUAUGCUUUCUCAAAAAAUAACAAUACCAACAUAACUAAAGCUAAUGCUAAGAAAUCCUAUCGAGAACAGCGUAGCUGUUUAGAUAUUUUAGAAAAAAUGUUUGAACCUUCUAAUAAAAAAUCAAAAUCCACAACAAAUGAAACAUCUAACAGUGCUAGCUGCUCACCCACAAAAAAAUCAAAACGUAAUGCUAAUACGGCAAAUAAACAAAAAUCACAGGCUCCCAUAUUACCCUCACAUCCCAUAGAAGCCAUAGCUGAGGCUCGUCAACAGCAAGAACUACAAAAACGCAAACGUACUUCAACGCCUUCUACUUCAGCGGGCCUGCAGGAGGAUGAAAUCUUUGAAAUUACCAAUAAUGGCACUUUUGGCAGUGUUAUGCGUUUACACUCCAACGGUGAUAUAUCACCCGUACCGCAAACUCAAAAGUCCCAAAACAAGCAACACAAUAAAAUCACCAAUUAUCUCAUAGGUAAUGCCACACAAAAUGGAAGCUCUGGCUCACAAGAAGAAACAGCAACACCCAAUAGUGGCCACAGUGGAGGCUAUAGUAGUAAUAAUAUGGAGGCUGGAACUCCUAGUAAACGUCAUCAACAGCUGGCGGCCGUACAAAAUUCGAAUGUUAAAAAAUCACCUAAAGGUAAAUGUAAUGCAACACAAGCUACUAAACUAACUAAAUGGUUUACAAAACCUUCGGAACUGAGUCGUCAACCAAGUCAAGUGGCCAAAGCUAAGUUAAUCAAUUCAAAAAAGACACCCACCAAACAACAACAACAACAUCAAGUGCCAGCGGUAAGUGAAGAAGUUGAUUUGACUAGAUCAUCACCACCACCAGCCACAACAACAGUUGACAAAAUACUCUCUUCUAAUGUGGUCGCGGUCACACAUCGUUGCCGGUUGGUUGAUUAAAGAAAUAUUAACAAAUUGUUUUGUAAUCAUCACAAAUACUAAACACGUAAAUAUUUAAAAGAUUUAAAUAAAAACAAAUUCUUAUCAAAAUAUCCAGCCCAGACAACAG